UAAAUAUUACAUACGACCAUAGACUCAAGAGAACUGGGCAUCCCGUCCGCUCUGCCAUACAUAAACUUGAGAUCGGUGGAUUAGUAGUUGGGUGGGUGACCACCAGCGAAUACCCACUGUUGUAUGUUUUUGCCUUUUUCAUAAAUUUCUUUCUUCUUAGUAGUGUGGCAGAUUUACCGUGUCCACACUUCCGGGAAGCAUGAUUUUAUAACCGACCUGAACCUUGAAAGAGUAAGGGUUUAUCGGUACAGUCUUGGAGCGUUUUCAGAAAUGCAUUCAUGCAAACACCGGUUCAUGGCUAAUAUAGUCUAAUACAGACUUCAUACUCUGUAAUAAAUCUAUUCUUAGUCUCUGUCGCUAGUGUAUCACAAAUGAUGUAUCAAUUAGCAUUGUUAAAAGCAGAGAACGAAAUGCUUCAGCAAGGGAUGGAACAACUUAGCAAACGCAGAAGGGCUAAAAAAACACGCCUAUAGCAAGGAGGAUCACUCACACAACACGAAGCACGGUUAGGGGGUACAGGGUAGAAUUUAGGGGAAUCAUAUACCGCCUAGCAGUAUAUAGAUAGACUACACUGUGCAGCGUACUGCUAGGAACGUAGUUCCAACAAACUACUUCAUAUAACUUAGCAGAAACUCUAUAUACCAGCAAAACUCGAACCGACCCGUCCGCUAUAGGCAGUGAUUACUGUAGUAAGAUACGGCGGUAACAAAGGGCGCCAAGACAGAUACAAGUGCGCCCUUGCGUUAUUUUUGAGCUCAAAAAAUCCCAACAGCCACAAAGAGAAUUCAUAUGUUCACAACAGCAUCAAUCCGCAUCUCACAAACAUCCUUCGCGCAUUCACAAGCCAGACCGCUGGGUUCCCCGCGUUCUGAAGGGUCCACUGCCCCGCGUCCUCGGCUCUGUGGGUUCCCGCCUCCCCAUACUAGCCCCCAUAAAUCUGCUCCACAUCCCCAGACUCAAGGCAAUCAAGCUAUCUACUAUAGUAGCUCGCCUCAACUCAAUUCAGCGGCAUAAUUUACCCCAGAUAUGCCAAUCUGAGUUAUACGACCACAUACGACACUCCUCAAUCCAUACCAACCAUGAGCGCCCCAUCUGGCCCUAUCGCCGCGUUGGCCCCCCUCGCCACCCCCCUCCCCCCCAGCCCAAAUGGCUCCCCCUUCACCGACGCACAAUGGGCCAUCCUCAUGUCCCUAAUGGACGCCGCCGUCCCGCGCAUCGUGCGCGCAUCCGCCGCCACUGAAGGGUCCCUCGACUACACCGUCUCGGACGCGGAGUACGCGUUUCUCUCAACACAGGCGGGCGCGAGCGCUCAGGCUAAAGAUACGGAAACGCUGGAUGCGUAUCUGGCGGAGCGGCCGAGUGAUAGCGCGGAGUUCCAGGAUUUGCUGAUGAGGCAGCUUGUGUAUUACGCGACGGAGGAGCAGGUUAAGGGAUUGAAAUUCGUGCUGGCGGCGCUGGGGUAUGGUUCUUUUUGA